UGACAUAUUCGAUUUCAUUCGAUUUGUCGCCUCGAGGGUCUCGACUGCGAAAGGAAAUAUAAAUACUUCAUUACAAAGAGAAAUUUGACAACAAUCAAACAAAAUAGACUUGUUAGUAGAGGUGUUGUUGCACUGAGACGUUUUCUGAUUGAAUCAUAGAUGUCAAAUAUUUGAGGCAGCUGGAGUUCGUCAUGUCAGCGGAAGAGAAGGAAGAGUAUGAUAAAUUUGGAGAUAAACUAGAAGUCCAGGCUCCUACGAAGAUGAGGUUUCCAGCGUGCCAAGUUAGUGGUUGGGAUGAUGACGUUCAAGGAGUUGAGGAAGAAAGGAAUCCCUUCGAGACUCCAGAUAAAAAAAUUUUAUGGGCAUCAGAGAAUGGAAAGUUAUCUGUGGUAGAGAGAUUGAUCCUUGCUGAUCCAGCAGUAAUUCAUGCAAAGGAUAAGGAUGGUUAUACUCCACUUCACAGAGCUUGUUACAAUGAUCAUGAGCAUGUGGUGGAUUUAUUACUCAGACAUGGAGCGAAUAUAUCAGCAGAGACGGAGGAUGGAUGGCAGCCCCUGCACUCUGCCAGCAAAUGGAACAAUGCUCACUGUGUUGCAAAGCUUCUGGAACAUGGGGCAGAUCCUAAUGCUGCAAGUAGAGGAGGGCAGACACCCUUGCACCUAGCAGCAUCAAACAGCUAUGCUAAAGACACACUACAACUGCUGUUGCUUCACCCUGAUAUUCAGACAGACUUGAGAAACAGAACUGGUGAAAGUGCUGCCGACCUGGCACGUCGCUGUGGGAAAUAUGGCUACCUCUUUGAGAUAGCUGAGGCUUGCAUCAACAACCUCUGAUGCUUUCACUGUAUGGUGUUUGUAAUUUGUAUUUGAGAAAUGAAUUUUUCACUCUAGUACUGGAUGUUAGCGGUUGUUUUAUGUACAUUUCUGUCAGAUCAUGUACAUGUAACAUCAUGCAAUUGUAAAUACUGUAUUUGGAAGAUCUGAUAUUAUAAAGUUAUUGUAGUUAAAGUGAUUUAUGAAUGCCUUGUGUUAAGGAAAUAUACAUAUUGACUGUGGCAGCUGAUAUUGCUAAAUACAGUGUAUUCAGAGA